GCGAUUUGGACCUUCCGUUAAAAAGCACAAUCCUAGUCCACAGUCUUUUGAGCUCAUUUUAGACUUGCGUCUCGAUAACUAACGUGUCAAUAGCAUCGAAGAUGGCGUCGCCGUUGUUGACCUUGACUGUAACCUUGGGCGUUCUUAUACUGCUCGAAUCGGCGCACGGUUAUUCCGAAUACGGCGGAGACUGGUACGGGGGCGAUUCGGGCGAUUCAUAUGGGGGGUCAUAUGACGCCCACGGCCACGACGAAGGUUAUGACGAUUAUGUACAUGAGGGUCAUAUGGAGGGUGAUAGCCACGGAUCUCGACCAAAGCCUGCACCACCUCGUCCACCACCAAAGACCAGAGUCCUCUUCCUGGACCUCGUCUUGACCCUUGACGGCUCCUCAGGAACCGGGGCGUCCGCCUUCAGCAAGUCGCAGCAGUUCAUCAUCAUGAUGCUAAAGACGUACAUACUUGGCGGCAAUAGCUUGAGACUGAAGGUGGUCUACUCCAACGGCGCCAACAUCCAGAUCUUCACCUUCGACAAUGACGCCCAGACUCAGACCUAUGUCAACCAGAUCAACGGCUGCCGAUAUUCCGGCAGCGCUCUCAACAUCCAGCUCAUCUUCCAAAAGAUCACGUCUUUUUAUCUGAGCUUCCAGAGAGCAGGGGCUGGCAGGUGUCUCUUCAUGAUGGGCGGUUUCAACGUCGGCAACUCCUGGGAAAUCAAGGCCAGGAUCGCCCUCUACGUGCAGACCAUCAGCAUUAACUUCCGAUUCUACUACUUCGCGAUUGGCUCCCAGACGGGUCUGACUUUCUGGCAGGACAUUGUGGACCGGACUUACAUCAUUCAAUUGAGUUCCUUCAGCGUGACGUCCAGUUGGACGAUCAGUUGGUUCCAGACCAACACGGCAAACUUCAAGAUAUAUGGUCUUUGGAGAACCAUGAAGAAGAUCAACCUUCAACUCGUGUUGACCUUGGACGCCUCCAGCACCACUGGGAAGGAUGGUUACUACGAGACCUUCUACAUGAUCCUGACACUCCUCCGGACUCACAGCCUCGGCAGCGGCAACCUUCAGCUCUACGUCUGUGUCCACCGCGGCGGCCAGGUCAAUGUGGUCCAGUUUAAAUCGCAGUCAGACAUAAGUGCAAACCUCAAUUUGUUGUCAACGACCUACUGGAGCUUCACGAGUGUGUCAGUGAACGUGGUCUUGGUCCUUCAGAAGGUCCAGUGGGUGGUCCAAAACUCCUUCUCCUCAUACCAACCCAAAUCAAUCUGGCUCUGCGGAGGUAUGCAGGUCUCUAGUCAACAACGACAAGUCCAGCUCAUCAUCUACCAAUUGGAAACUACGAUGAAGACCUAUUUCUAUUACUUUGCCAUUGGUGUGCAGAGAAGCACUAGCUUCUGGACCCAGGCCCUUGGAUCAAGGUUCGUCAAGACAGACUUCACCGUGUCUGUGACGACUUUCAAUAGCAUUCUUGUAAAUGUUGCUGCUACUGCCAGCAACCUGCAAGGGCCUACUGUGACAUCAGUCAUUAUGGAAGUGGGUAGGCCUACGACCAUAGCUCCGUACGUAUCGGGCGGAGGAAGUGGGCACUAUGAGGGCGAGUCAUCCUCUUCACACGACAGUCACUAUGGUGGUCACGACGACGAAUCAGAGGAAUACCAUGGUGCACAUAGUAGUGGUGGUCACUAUAUCGGCGAGUCGGAUGAAAGCCAUGGAAGCCACUCUGGGAGUUCUGGGGGUUCUUCAGGGAGUUACGGAGGUUCAUCUGGAAGUAAUGGAGGUUCAUCUAGCUCCUCAGGUGGUGGCUCAUCCGGCAGCUGGCAAGGCUCCUUUGGGUCAGGUGGUAGCUCCUCUGGUAGCAGCUCAACAGGCGGCUCAACUGGGACUGGCAGCUGGCAAGGCUCCUUUGGGUCAGGUGGUAGCUCCUCUGGUAGCAGCUCAACAGGCGGCUCAACUGGGACUGGCAGCUGGCAAGGCUCCUUUGGGUCAGGUGGUGGCUCCUCUGGUAGCAGCUCAACAGGCGGCUCAACUGGGACUGGCAGCUGGCAAGGCUCCUUUGGGUCAGGUGGUGGCUCUUCUGGUAGCAGCUCAACAGGCGGCUCAACUGGGACUGGCAGCUGGCAAGGCUCCUUUGGGUCAGGUGGUAGCUCCUCUGGUAGCAGCUCAACAGGCGGCUCAACUGGGACUGGCAGCUGGCAAGGCUCAUCUGGAGGAUCAUCUGGUUUAACUGGCUCGUCUAUGUCUAAUGGCGGAGGCUUCUCCAGCUCCAGCUCUACGUCCACCACAUCAACUAAUAUGAGUGCGAGGAUCGUGAAUGGGGUCACACAGAUCCCUCAAGCCUUCAAUGUCAAAGGCACUGGGUGCGCUGGCAUGAGUGGUACAACUGAUGUCGGAGGCGGAUACUGCGCAAUUACGAAUAUGGACGCUUUCAUCACGUGGGCUCAGUCUGUUGGCUGGAAAGUCGAACGUACUUAUAUGAAUGGAAUACAGACAAUCAAAAUCACCGGCAGUGUUACCUACGCAGGCAAGAAGUGAGGAACACGAGAUGGCCAAACUUUACUCGAUCUCUCGACAUGUAUAGUGAUGUCUAAUUCAGCUUAAUCUCGCCCUCUUUCACAAGUGCGGAGAUGUUAACCAUGCUAGCAACCGCCUGGCCUAGACCAGCGACUCACCACAUCUAGUGAAAACUCAUCUAUAGUGUGUGCAUAUGCGCUAGCAACAGAUGCAUCUUCGCCACACGUUGUGAUGGACCUACCCAACCGGACGCUUGCGAAAGCUCACUAAUGUUCAUCAUAGCAUUUACUAGUUGCGGGUGAGUUUAAGCAGAUAUUGACUGUCGCGUUUUAAGCAAUAAAGUUGACUUGUAAGAG